CGAGAAUAAUAACCGAGAUUAGUUAUCGCCGUUAUCUUUACCUUAGCACUUCCACAUAUCCACUAGGUUAGUCUGAUAACAAACGAUGUAGUCCGAAUUGGAGAACAACCGUACGGUAUCUACCUAUCUACAUACCUAGGUAGUGUAAAGUCGGGGUCGAGGCGCGAGUGGAGUAGCGUUGAUGGACUGCCCCGACUUUACGACUCCUCUCCUGAGUCCUGACAGAUGGUCUGGAUCCUGUCAUUAUGAGAUACCCGCAAAUCCUAGGUCUAUAGCAAGGCCGCGGCGAUCCAUGCAUCAUAAUAACCUACUGCAAUCAAUCUCACAUUGCUAUCACUAUUGGCUCCUGUCUGCAUCAGAGGAGAAUGACAUCCCGUACGAAGAAAGAGCUGCGAACACGGAGCGGCUGCCGGAAGUGUCGAGAGCGACGGGUUAAGUGCCCAGAACAGCGCCCUAUAUGUGGACACUGUAGAAGACUGGGUUUCACUUGCCGGUACGAGGUCAAAUUAAGCUGGCAACAUGUCGUCUUGUUUGAGGAGUACAACGGUCAUGUUCCACGGGGACUACCUGAAGACCUCUUGUUCUCCAUUGAAAGUUGGAUGUUCCUGAAUACAGUUCAGGCCGACUUCAAUUCACACAAUGCUCAAACAGGCUUCAAGGACCAAGUAGAUUCCCCUUCGACCCGGGCUAAAGAUAUCCAACCCGAGGUAGACAUACUUGCACCAUACCCUCACUACCUUUCUCCAUUUCGUAUGGGAGAAGCUGAGGGUUAUCUUUGGAGUUACUUCAACGACUGUAUGACUCCGCAGAUCGUCAUAGACCCUAGCUUCAACCCGUAUAGAGAUAUUAUUUUAAGGAUGGCAGCCUAUUCCCAAAAUGGGCCUCUAUUCCAUUGCGUGUUAGCUGCCGCUGCAAAUCAGUUACAGAGUACCGGCCGCAACGAAUAUGAAAACGUCAUGUGGCUUCACAGAGCCAAGGCAUUACGUCUCCUAAGGACCUCUAUUAGCCAAUUAGCUUUGGAAGAAGCAUACGAAAUGAGUUGUGAUACUUCUAAAGAUCAGGUCAUUGCAUCGACUAUCAUGUUAACCUUCUUCGAGAUUUCAAAGGACUGCUCGGAUUCAUGGACUGUGCAUGCCGACUUUGCGCGUAGUUUUCUCUCUUCCCGUCUGAGAGACCGCGGUAGUCUGAACACAGAGCAGGAGGCCCUGCUCUAUUUUGCUGUAACCUACUUUGUUUCGCACGAUAUUCUCGCAGCAACUGGGGGCACGCUUAUGGAGGCGAUUGAGAUGGUUACUGGAAUGUGCAAAUCGGUGGAUAAGUCAACUGUCCUAGCACUGACCGGUUGUUCAAGAGACCUGCUCAUCCUAAUUUCCGAAAUUAACCAGAUGAGUUCUCUAAUUGGAGAGUCAGGUCGGAAGCAGCUUCCAUCCAUGAUACAACAACGUCGGGACAAUGCCGAGAGGUUUCUUCACCAAUUGCACCAAGAUAUUCCUGAAGAAUUUGGAUCAUUUCAAUCCGAGUUUGCUAUCGUUGCUGAGGUAAAGCGACUGGCGGCUAUUUUAUAUCUCUAUUCGAGAAUCGAUGGCGCUGGGCCGCAUGAACCACACAUGGUCCGAGUGACGUCCCAGAUUCUAUCCCUUAUCCCUAAAAUUUCCCUCCGCACCCAUACGGGUCUUUGGCCUCUAUUCAUAGUAGCUACAUUAGGCAUCCGCCCGGAAUGCGAUGAAGACAGGAAGCUGCUCCUGGGUCGACUCGCUGCGCUUCAACAAACGAGGCAGCUGGCGAGCGUGAAGAAAGCCAGAUUGAUCAUCGAAGACGUAUGGAAUUCUCGAGACCUGCGGCCCAAUGAAUCACAAGGGUGGAGUAUCUUACAAGGGAGGAGACACGGUGCUAUCAGCUUGGCAUAAUUUAUUGCUAUGUAUAGGUAACCACCUAGUACGAGAGAGCACUCUUACACAAACCCAGAACUCGACGAGCCAUUUCAUUACCAACAUGUCGCGACCUCAAUGACCAUCUCUAGUAACCAUCCCUCGGCCUCAACUCGAUACCGCCAGGGAACUUUAGGUGGUGUAA